GCAGUAGGAUCAGGGCCUUGGCAGUCUCCGGGAACCGGCGGGGACUGCCAAAGCCAGACGCAGAGGCCCCAGGGGGCUGAGAGAGAGACCGCGCGGCGGCGACGCAGGCGCUGUUCAGGGCUCCAGACUGCAGGAAGCCUGGCGGGUUUGAGGGGGAGCACCUCAGACGGCAGUUCCCGGGAGUGCUGCACAGGUCCCACCCGACCCUGGAUCGAACGUUGAGGGGGAUCUGCUGGGCCUGACGCUUGGGCUUCCACAGUGAGGGCAGCUGUCCUCGAACCUUGUUCCUGCGGGGCUGACAUCUUUUCUUUAGCCCCCGGCGGUUUUCGGAAGGGCUUAGAAACGUGGCGCGAUGAGGAGUCGGAGUAACUCAGGAGUCCGGCUGGAUGGCUACGCUCGGCUUGUGCACCAAACCAUACUGUGCCACCAGAAUCCAGUGACCGGCUUGCUUCCAGCCAGCUAUGAUCAGAAAGAUGCCUGGGUCAGAGAUAAUGUAUACAGUGUCUUGGCCGUAUGGGGUCUGGGUCUGGCCUAUCGGAAGAAUGCAGACCGAGAUGAGGAUAAGGCAAAGGCCUAUGAACUGGAGCAGAGUGUAGUGAAGCUGAUGAGAGGACUGCUACACUGCAUGAUCAGACAGGUGGAUAAAGUAGAGUCCUUCAAAUAUAGUCAAAGCACUAAAGAUAGUCUCCAUGCCAAGUACAACACCAAAACUUGCAGCACUGUAGUGGGUGAUGACCAGUGGGGACACCUACAGUUGGAUGCUACCUCUGUAUACCUGCUCUUCUUAGCACAAAUGACUGCCUCAGGGCUCCACAUCAUUCACAGCCUAGAUGAAGUCAAUUUCAUACAGAAUCUUGUGUUUUACAUUGAAGCUGCAUAUAAAACUGCUGACUUCGGGAUAUGGGAACGUGGAGACAAGACCAACCAAGGGAUAUCAGAAUUGAAUGCCAGCUCAGUUGGAAUGGCAAAGGCAGCCUUGGAAGCACUAGAUGAACUGGACCUAUUUGGGGUGAAAGGUGGGCCCCAAUCAGUUAUCCAUGUCCUUCCUGAUGAAGUACAACACUGCCAGUCUAUCCUUAAUUCACUACUGCCCCGGGCUUCAACAUCCAAAGAGGUUGAUGCUAGCCUGCUCUCGGUGAUUUCCUUCCCAGCCUUUGCUGUUGAGGACAGCCAGCUGGUGGAGCUCACAAAACAGGAGAUCAUCACCAAGCUCCAGGGUCGUUAUGGUUGCUGUCGUUUUCUACGAGAUGGAUAUAAAACUCCUAAAGAGGAUCCCAAUCGUCUCUACUAUGAGCCAGCUGAACUGAAGCUAUUUGAAAACAUUGAGUGUGAAUGGCCACUGUUCUGGACAUACUUUAUCCUUGAUGGAGUCUUCAGUGGCAACACAGAACAGGUUCAAGAGUAUAGAGAGGCUCUUGAAGGAGUCCUCAUUAAGGGCAAGAACGGAGUCCUACUUCUGCCAGAGUUGUACAGUGUGCCCCCUGACAGGGUUGAUGAAGAAUAUCAAAAUCCUCAUACUGUGGACCGAGUACCUAUGGGGAAGUUGCCUCAUAUGUGGGGUCAGUCUCUAUACAUUUUAGGAAGCUUAAUAGCGGAGGGAUUUUUAGCUCCUGGAGAAAUUGAUCCUCUGAAUCGUAGGUUUUCUACUGUACCUAAGCCAGAUGUCGUGGUUCAAGUUUCUAUUCUAGCUGAAACAGAAGAAAUCAAGGCCAUUUUGAAGGACAAAGGAAUUGAUGUGGAGACUAUUGCUGAGGUAUACCCCAUCAGAGUACAACCAGCUCGUAUUCUCAGCCACAUUUAUUCUAGUCUAGGAUGCAACAGUAGAAUGAAACUCACCGGACGGCCAUAUAGACUCAUGGGAGUGCUUGGAACUUCAAAAUUGUAUGACAUUCGGAAAACUAUCUUUACUUUCACCCCUCAGUUUAUAGACCAGCAACAGUUUUACCUGGCUCUGGACAAUAAGAUGAUAGUGGAAAUGCUCAGAACAGACCUCUCAUACCUGUGCAGCCGCUGGAGGAUGACAGGCCAGCCCACGAUCACCUUCCCCAUCUCACACAGCAUGCUUGAUGAAGAUGGAACCAGCUUAAAUUCAAGUAUCCUGGCAGCACUCCGAAAAAUGCAGGAUGGCUAUUUUGGGGGGGCGAGGAUUCAAACAGGUAAAUUGUCAGAGUUUUUGACAACAUCUUGCUGCACACACUUGAGUUUCAUGGACCUUGGACCUGAGGGUAAGCUGUACAGUGAAGAUUAUGAAGACAACUCUGAUGAGUUGGAAUCUGGCAAUUGGAUGGAUAACUAUGAUUCAGCCAGUAAUGCUCGCUGUGGUGAGGAAGUUGCUCGUUACUUAGAUCACCUUUUGGCCCACACUGCUCCCCAUCCUAAACUAGCCCCUGCUUCAAAGAAGGGAGGGCUAGAUCGAUUCCGAGCUGCUGUGCAAACAACCUGCGACUUAAUGUCCUUGGUGACCAAGGCCAAGGAGCUGCAUGUACAGAAUGUUCAUAUGUACCUUCCUACAAAGUUAUUUCAGCCUUCCCAGCCUUCAUUCAACCUACUUGACUCACCAGACUCCUCACAGGGUAACCAGGUUCCCUCUGUUCGUGUAGAAAUGCAUUUUCCUAGAGAUCAAUCCGGGGAAGUGGACUUGAAAGCACUGGUUUCACAGCUGAAGGAAACUUCAAGCUUACAGGAACAAGCUGAUAUACUCUACAUGCUAUACACUGUGAAAGGACCUGAAUGGGACACAGAAUUGUAUGAAGAAAGAAGUGCUACCGUCAGAGAGCUUCUUACUGAACUAUAUGGCAAAGUUGGAGAAAUUCGUCACUGGGGCCUGAUCCGAUAUAUCUCUGGGAUCUUAAGGAAGAAGGUGGAAGCAUUGGAUGAGGCCUGCACAGACCUGCUCUCCUAUCAGAAACAUUUGACAGUAGGACUCCCUCCAGAGCCUCGAGAAAAGACCAUCUCUGCACCUUUGCCCUAUGAGACACUCACUGAGCUAAUAGAUGAAGCCUGUGAAGGCGACAUGAGUAUUUCAAUUCUUACACAGGAAAUCAUGGUAUACCUCGCCAUGUAUAUGAGAACCCAGCCUGGGCUCUUUGCGGAAAUGUUUCGACUUCGAAUUGGUCUGAUCAUACAAGUUAUGGCAACUGAACUGGCCCAGUCCCUUCGAUGCUCAGCUGAAGAGGCCAGAGAGGGUCUGAUGAACCUCAGUCCUUCAGCCAUGAAGAACCUCCUGCAUCACAUUCUCAGUGGCAAGGAAUUUGGAGUGGAACGAAGCGUUCGUCCCACUGAUACAAAUGUCAGUCCUGCUAUUUCUAUCCACGAGAUUGGUGCUGUUGGAGCAACCAAAACGGAACGAACUGGAAUCAUGCAGCUAAAAAGUGAGAUGAAACAGGUGGAAUUUCGUAGACUGUCUAUCUCAGCUGAAAGUCAGGUGGAAUUUCGUAGACUGUCUAUCUCAGCUGAAAGUCAGGCCCCUGGAACCUGCAUGGCCCCAAGUAGUGGGUCCUUUCCCAGUACACACAGUCAACAAACAUCUAGAGAUAGUCGUCAAGGUCAAUGGCAACGUCGGAGAAGGCUGGAUGGAGCACUGAAUAGAGUCCCAGUUGGAUUUUAUCAAAAAGUGUGGAAAGUUUUACAGAAAUGUCAUGGACUUUCUGUGGAAGGUUUUGUUCUUCCUUCUUCAACUACUAAAGAGAUGACUCCAGGAGAAAUUAAGUUCUCUGUCCAUGUGGAGUCUGUCCUGAAUCGUGUGCCUCAGCCAGAAUACCGCCAGCUUCUGGUUGAAGCCAUUCUUGUCCUCACCAUGUUGGCAGAUAUUGAAAUCCACAGCAUCGGAAGCAUCAUUGCUGUGGAAAAAAUAGUGCAUAUAGCUAAUGACUUAUUCCUUCAAGAACAGAAAACUCUCGGCGCAGAUGAUACCAUGCUGGCAAAGGAUCCUGCAUCUGGCAUCUGCACUCUUCUGUACGACAGUGCACCGAGUGGCAGGUUUGGCACCAUGACCUACCUCUCCAAGGCAGCUGCCACCUACGUGCAGGAGUUCCUCCCCCACAGCAUCUGUGCCAUGCAGUAAGGGCUUUGGGUCCUGGCUCCUGGGAGCCUUCCAACAGCUGGGCCCUGUCUCAAUUGAUUGUGCAUGGAACUGAAAUGUUAAAGGCUGAUCACUCCCCCUGUCCUUCCCUGUCCUAUCUCCCUUCAAGAAGAGAAAACUUCGCUGAUAAACUAACUGCCUUAGAAGUGACUCCUUACCUGGAGAUUCCUCUCCAGUGUGUGUAUGCUCAACCAGGCCUUUCAAUUAUUGGAUCUAAUUCUUUCACAGUUGAUAAAAAAAAGUUGCAUGUAUUUUUAUUCUGUAGAUCUGUUACCAACAUAGCAUUCUAACUCCUGAUUGAAGAGCAGAUAUUAAUAAUAACUUAUUCCAAAAGUUU